AUCGACAACUCCUCGUUGUCUGGUCGAAAGGAUCGGUUCGUUCGUUUGUGGCAUGCAGGUGGCCGAGGUUUCGCCUGAAGAUCGAGCGGGUGGUGUGCAGGUUCGAGAGGUGCGUGGGUYAGAUGAGRCGACUCGCCASGCCCGACCAGCGCCGGGGGAACUGCAGACGGACUUGAGCCAGGAACGAGAAGCAAGUGGGAACGUCGCCGGUGAGGAGGAGGUGUCSGAGYAGKGGCUGUUCYGUGAGAGAUCGGCUGAAAAGAUACAGYCGGGAGGCAAGCGCAACUUGCCRGAUGAGGAAGAGCRAGAGGGACUAGGUGCUUUGAAAAGGCAGAGAAAGGUAGGAGGGAGUGCUCGRACGCCAACAACACGAGAGGGGGGUUCCGUUGAGAAGAGGAAAAGGGUUGGAGGUGGGGAUGAAACGCCAAGAGACUCGUCGACACAGCGAAGAACCGGUGAGUCUUCCGGGAAAAGGGCGAAAUCAUCGAGGGGGAAGAAAGCAGACGAGGGCGAUAGCGGGGAGGGGGAUGACGACGUGGACAUUAACCUCAAUGCCCUUAACCUCGACAAGGCGUUCUUCCUCGAGAUGCAGACAUGGGUGCAGAAGGACGUCGUGUUGCACAUCCAUCCCGAAAGAAUAUUAGCUAUUCCUGACUUGGAAGACGCGUACAACCACCGAUCCUUGGACGAGUUCCUCGUUGAUACAAUCGCGUUGGCUAUGAUCGACUGCUACGAACGUAAAGACAUGAGAUACACGAAGCCCAUUUUCGUUCUCGCUCUGAUCGUCGCGCCUCCAGAGAACUGCGAGCCUGCUGUGCGCGUGCUGCUUGCUGACUUCGACAACUCACACCCGGAGAGAUACUGGUAUUAUCCUGUGUGUGGACAGCAUAACGCGAGGGCGGCGAUGAUGGUGAAAGACCAUCCCGUGUUUGAUUACUACAACUUCUGUAAAUGGCCGUUCAGACCGAUCUGCUUCCUUGACGACGAGUUCGACGGCUAUGCCCAUGUCAGCUUCGAAGACAACAUGAAAGACAAGAAGAAUCCACCGCGCUUGCAGGUGGACGACCCGUCGUUGAAAAAGGGCAGGGGGAAGCCAAAGAAAGGCGCAGAGGAGAAAACUUUCUACGUCCAAGUUUUUGAGCCGGAUGCCCACUGCUGGAAGGAAUUGGUGGACUUGACAGACCGCGAGAAGAAAAGGUUGUUGAACGGCGUCUUGAACCUUAACGCCGUGUGGGUUCAAACGAGUAGCAAAAAGUUGGCCGAGCAGGGGAAGUUCACUGUCAAGCAGAUGGUCGACAUAAUAAAAAUGGACCGGAUUAUGCUGAGGCUGUGGCACUACCUGGAGUUCGAGUACGAGGAAAUAGAUAAGCGGGAGUGGAAUGCCAACUCCACGUUCUUCAGGUCGAAGAAGCAACUGUUCGAAGAGUUCAAGGACAGAGGUCUCGACGACAAGCUUUGGAACGAGAGCAGGAAAUUYUUCACGGACACCACAUAUGUCAACAAGUGCCCUCAGUUUCUCAGGUGUCAACACGACAACAACAUCAAGAGAACAGCGGCCCUCGUCAACGACCAGCAUUUCCCGGCGGGGUGGAAGCGUAUCGUCCUUUCGGUGAUCACUGGAGAUCACGCCAAAGGCAAAAAAGGCCCUCGGGGCGUUGAUGAAUGCAUCAACAUUAUGGUGACAAGGACAAGCGCCUUGACGAUGCUGGCCCAGUUUAACGUUGACCCGUUGAGUGCCAUAGAUCAUAAGCAGGCGCUGGGAAAACUGGGGCAUCAGCUACGCUCCCACACUUGCGUGCUCGACUUGUGCGGUGUUGUGGACCGUGCGCAAAGGGACUCUGGGGCAUUCGCGUCUUUGAGUGAGUUGUUGGGCUUUGUUUGUCAGGACUACUGGACAUUGGUGGUAUUCGUCUCCUGCCUGUGGAAACUCUCCUUCAUGAGAUGUUUGUCUGCGCUUGGGGCUACCCGAUGCUACAUAGGGAAGUGGGUUCGGAAGACGGCAUCGAAGAAGACACAUCAGUUUGGAAACAGCGUCUCGGAGGAGCCGGAUGUGAUGCACAUCCUUUUCAAAGGCGAGGAUCCUUGGCUACUGACUCACCCGGUGUACGAGGGAGAUGUUGCUGAAGACGACGCCGCCGCUCUCCGGAGGAAACAGAAAGUGACACCCACGGAUGUAGAGGAGAAGUCUUUCAAGUCUUUGACUUUCGCGGACAUCAGAAACCUGACCCAGAGGGGGGCUCUGUACAAGGACGGCGAGCGGAAUCCGAAUCAGUUGUGCAAUCAGCUUCUUUUCUUCUGUGGUGUGGUGGAUGCCGUGCUGUUCUUGGGCAAGCCGCACGCGCAGGUGGUGUGGAGUCUGCUUCAGCAGGGAAGGCACGUCUUGGCCGUGGAUGGGGACACAACGCAGCUCGAAUACACCGUGCAGUAUGUCACCCAUGAAGUGUCGUCCAAGGCUUACCCAUGCGAUUUCCACCAUGUCGUGGUCGAGCCCGUUUAUGACCCGAACAAGGACAUGUUCUUCAAGUUGACUCCGAAGAAAAGGCGCGAGGUCUACUCCCACUGCCCAUUCGCCGUCGAAAAGGACUGGCUGGGAAUGGUCCGGGUGCCACACGAUAUCAUGGGCCCAAUCUUCGGCUGUGGAGAAGGUGUGUUUGUCGCCCAUGUGGAAGGGAGUCGCAAGAGCCUUAAGAUGCGGAUGGUCUGGAGGAACUGGAUGGCCGGGUCGAAGACGUUUGGGCUGUGGCGUGAGACGAAUAGGCUCCCUUGGCGAACUCCUCAGAUGGGACAACCCACCCCUCUUGACAGGCGCUCUGGAGGACACGAGCGUGGGACCGCCAGAGGACGAUUCUGCUCUUCGCGAAUACGGGACACGCUGUUCGAGUUCUUGCAGUCAAAUAAAUGGCUAGAAGUGUCCUACGCGUUCUACGCUCUUCCAUCAAGCCCGUCAAUUAAGCAAGUGAGUUGGGAAUUGCCUGGGGUCACCCCGCCGGCAGAAGUUGUGAAGCGCAAGUCUCGCAGAAAGGACGGCGACGGGGAUGGUGAAGGCGGCGGGCAACGAGGUACCGAAGGUGGAAGUGAACAGCGAUCGACGAAACAGCGGUCUCCGGGGCACGCAGGCGGCGGAGAGGGGAGAAAGGGCAGCCGAGAGAAGAAGAAGCCUCGUAGCGGAGAGAAGACAAAGCAUCACAGAGGAGACGGGCAGGGGUCCGAUGGCGACCGCGACGAGGACGGUGGGGUUCUGGCGGUAACAAGCAACACCUCAAAGGAGACGGGGAACGACUUGAGGCCUGGGUGUAUUACGCGGCCUGGCGAGCAGGACCCUGUGAUUAGCUCCACUAGCGAAACACAGUUUGUCGAUGCGGYUGGMGGGGCRGGUGUCGCAAAGCAUGGAACAUGCUUCACUCAGCUCCAAAUACGGUUGGCGGAUUGUCUCAGAUSAAUCCGAACCUCGGAGAUGACCUCGUUGUCCGGAACUUAGUGCCUUCCGGGAAGCGAGACGACAACAUACCACGGGUCCGGCAGCGACAAGCUGGAACCGUGUUCCGUUUSGCCUCAAAAG